UGGCUAUGAUUAAAGUUACAAAUAUUCCAUCUGGUACAUCCGAGGAUUCUUUGCUGUUUUUCUUUGAGAAUCGAAGGAAGAGUGGUGGUGGUUCAAUAAUAGACAUUGAGUAUGACCAAGAUACACAGUCAGCUGUUAUAACUUUUGAAGACCCUGAAGCUGUAAAACGGGUGUUGGGGAAGAUGCCAAUAUUAUUUUCUGGAGUUCAGAUAGGAGUGGAAGAGUUUCGACCAAGUUUAGAAGUUGAGAGUGCAGAUCAGGAGGAAGUGAUGGAAUCUGAGAACAUUCUAGAAGUUCGGGGUGUGUCAGACAGAACAAGCCUAGAUACAGUGGAAAUGUACUUUGAGAACACUCGUCGUUCAGGAGGAGGAGAUAUAAAAAACAUAGAAGAAAAGGAGGGGGUGUUUUACAUUGUGUUUGAGGAUGAAAGUGUUAUUGAGAAUGUAUUGCGGAAAAGACACAAAAUUGAUGGAACAGCCAUAGAGGUUUGCCGAUAUGUUCCACCUCCUCCUCCGAAGCCAGUGCCAAUGUACUCAAAUAAAGUCUUUAUCAAAAACAUCAGUGAAAAAACAACCAAAGAUGGACUGGAAAACUUUCUGGAAGCAAAAACCGGCAUAACACCCACAAGUAUAGAGUAUGGGGAGCUGGAGGGAGCAGCCUUAGUCACCUUUGAAGAAGAUUUAGAUUUUGAGAAGUUACAGCUGGCCUGUAAGAAGAGGAGUUUAGACAAGUCAUAUCUGGAGGUAUCCCGGGUUCCCAUCACAAACUGUGUCAUUGUUCGGAAUGUCUCAGAGAAGACGUCUCGAGAUACCCUCGAGUUUUACUUCGAUAAUGAAAGAAGGAGUGGGGUGACAGGGGUUUUGGACGUCAGACAGUUUGAUGGAUUUUGUCUGGUCUACUUUGAGGAGCCAGAAGCUGUGGAUUUGGUAUGUAGGAGACAACACAAAGUUGAUGGCCAGGUUCUUGAUGUUAAGAUUUAUUAUGAGUGCCUUGGACAAGUAGAAAGUGAAGAGGAAGGGCCAUUCCAACCUCCAGGACCAUUAGAACUUACAGACCUGGAUACCAAGAAACUUCAGUUCCUUAUCAAAUCACCAUCAAAUCAGCAGGCAAUAGACAAGCAGCUCGAGGCUGUGUAUGGAAAGCCUGUCUGGCCAAAGAAGUCUAAAUCUGUGUCUCUCACAGUAGAUUGUACCUUGACUGCUGAAACCAAAGACUGUAAGAAACUGGCCAAAACAUGGGAAGCCAAGGUGAAGGAAAAUCUGAACAAAUUUUUGGAUCUUCUGCUUGUUACCAAACAUUCCACUUUACAGGAAGCAUUCCCUCUGGUGCUCAAUGAGCUGAAGUCCUUGACAAUCAGUAAUCCUGAUGCUGUUGCUGUUGUCCUGGAGAAAAGCAAUCAUGAAAUUUAUGUGACAGGUCACAUACAGGCAUCUCAAGAAGUGUCCAGACAAGUCAGCGAUAUCAUCCAGAAGGUAGAACAAGAGUUGGACAGGAAGAAACAGCAAGUUCAGGAGGAAAAAAGGAUUAAAAGACAUCAAGUGCUGAUUCUGCAGUUUUGCAAGUUUGAGCAGAACCUUCAAAAGAAGUAUGAGGGUAUAUCUCUAAAAUAUGAUGUAGGAAAGAACUGUGUCUACUUUGAAGGACUUAGUGGUGAGGUUACCCCAGCGAUAGUUGAAAUGUAUGAGUUUUUGAGUAAAGUUGUGAAGACUGAUGUAAAGCCCUUUUCCAGAUUUCUUCGAAGUUUUCUGGUAACUCAACCAGUAUGCAAGUACGUAAAUAGCAGAAUGAAGGAAAAUGACUUGAUUGGGGUUUGGGAACCCUCAGAAGGAGAUGACACUUUAACCGUUUAUUCAUUGUCAGACCAGCAGGCUGUUAAGGCAGCACAUUUACUGAAGGAAUCUGUGAUAGAGACUCCAGUUGAUGUGAAAGAUGAAUCGAGACCUCUGCUUUCACAAGAAGAAUGGCGGAGCAGAGCUACAGAGAUUGAAAAAGAAGGAGAGGGUUUGAUAAAAAUUAUAACACAGAUAGACCAGAGCAGAAUUCUUAUUCUUUGCACUGACAAGUUUGAAGGAACCAGUCGAGAAUAUGUGGACAAUUUUAUGAUAGAAAAUACUAUAUAUGAAGAAACGUUGCAACUAGAUACUGGUAUGAUGAGAUAUAUACAGAUGAACUGUGCACAAGCCAUUGAUAAAGUUGAUAAAGAUGUUCAAAAGGAUAAGGGCAAUGUGAAAAUCAGCAAUAUUGGUAUCAUGAUUAAAGGCACCAAAACGGGACUAAAUAAAGCCAAAUAUGCUGUUGAUCAGAUAGUCCAAGGUGUUAAAAAACAAGUACAUCCCAUUAAGAAGCCAGGAAUAAGGAAACACUUAGAAUCUACACAAGGUCAGGACAAAAUUAGAUCGGUUGAGAAGACCCAAGGUGUUGUGAUUGAUGUGAGUGAUGAAAGCUUGUCUGAUGAAGACACGGAUAGCACAGUUCUAAGGACAGGCGUACCAAGACAAGAACUAGCCGUCUGUGUCACACCACUAGGAAAGAAAAUCUCAGCCAUGGUGGUCGAUAUGUUAGAGUUGGAAGUAGAUGUGAUCGUAAACCCGGCCAAUAAAGAUAUGAGACACAUUGGAGGAUUGGCCAAAAUUAUAGUGGAAAAGGGUGGAAGAUCAAUUCAGGAAGAAUGUAAUGAUUAUGUAAGGAAGAAAGGUCGCCUUAUGGAGGGACAGGUCUUCCUUAGCUCUGCUGGAAAUCUGAAAUGUAAAGGAGUCGUCCAUGCCGUGGGUCCGGUCUGGCAGAACGGCACCAAUCAGGAGGAAGAAUACCUACGUGAGGCUGUCUUCAAAAGUCUGGAGGCCACAUCCGAGAACAGAUUUACCUCUAUUGCAUUUCCAGCUCUGUGCACAGGUGUGUUUGGGUAUCCUAUGCGAGAGGCCACUCGAGUGAUCGUUGUGGCAGUGAGAGAUUUCUUUUCGGAGAAUUCCAGCUCUCCCGUAGAGGCUGUAUAUUUGUGUGAUGUGAGCCAGGACACAGUGGAAGGAUUUGUAAGGGCCAUGAAGAAGGAGUUGAAAGAUGUAAAAGUUAAAUCCCCAGAGAGCAGAUCCUCAGGGAGUAGCAGUAAAUGGAAGACAUCUUCUGGUCCUGUCCCUGCAGAGAGGAAGUCUUUUAAGCCCUCCCCUGUUGAAGCUGGUAAUAUCACCGUUCGUGUCAUCACUGGCCAAAUUGCCAAACAGACGGUGGAUGUGAUUGUGAACACAACCUCAAAAGAUUUGAAGUUAGGAAAUGGUGCUGUGUCUGCCUCCCUCCUAAAGGCAGCAGGACCAGGGAUACAGCAGGAAUGUGACCAGAACUACCCCGGGGGCAUUCAGCAUGGCAACAUAGCAGUGACAUCUGGUGGUAACCUUAGUUGUCAGUUCAUCUGUCACGGGUCACUGCCAGGCUGGGAUAAACAAGGGCAGGCAUUAAAGAUUUUAAGGACAUUCUUGGAGAAAUGCUUGAACCAUGUAGACAGUAACAGGCUUUCAUCAGUAGCAUUUCCUGCCAUGGGAACUGGUAACCUAGGAUACCCCCGAGAAACAGUUGCCAAGGAGAUGUUUGAUGCUGUCCAUAACUUUGGUUCUAACAACCCCUCCACUACAAUUUCUGAUGUUCGAUUUGUAUUAUACGAUAAGGACACAGAAACUGUUAAGGCUUUUGAGAGAGAAGAGAAGCGGCAGGGUGGUGGAAGUGGUCGCCAUGGACGACAGUUCGGCAGCAAUUCUCAGUAUCAGGCACCCCCCAAAGUCAGGGGAGGAGGAAGAUCAUUUGAAGCCGGAGGAAAUGGAAACAGUUCCCCUAGUGAAUUAUCUGACUCGGAGGAGUUUGCCUUAGAUAUUGGAAAUCUUCAACUUAAAGUUUAUCAGGGUGAUAUCACUAAAGCUAAUGUGGAUGCCAUUGUUAAUAGUACAAAUUCGGAGUUUGAUCUUAAAAGGGGUAUUGUAUCAAAACUUCUCUUGAAGCUUGGAGGAGAAGAACUGGAAAAACAAAUUGCUAUGAACAAAAAAAGUUUAAAGGCAAAUGGAAUAGCUGUAACAACAACAGGGACUAGAAGUAGUCUUUCUUGUAAUUAUGUCCUGCAUCUUGAUGCUGAAAGAACCAGAGAAUCAUGGGAGCAUAAAAUCUUAAAAACAAUUGAAGUGGCAGAUGAAAUACAGGGAUGCAAGUCCAUUGCUUUUCCUACUUUAGGACAAGCAUUUGGAGUUACAGCUGAGAAUCUUGCCAAAUACUUUUUUGAGGCCCUGAAAGAAGGACAAGAAAAAGUUACAAAUUUAAGAGAAGUUCAUAUUGUGAUUUUUGAGUCAAGACUUAUAAAAACAUUCUUGGAGUCCUUUAAAACUUGCUGUGAGAACUAUCAACCUAAAAAAGCUGGAUUCUUCAAGAAAAUGACAAAUAUGUUUGGUUUUGGUAAACAAGAAAGUAACAUGUGGGAAGGAGCUCGUAAAACCCAGAGAAUGCCUUUAGAUAUGAGUUCUGUAACUUUGGUGAUUUAUGCAGAUUCCCAACAAAAAAUAGAUCAAGCCAUAGAUUUGGUUGAAAGAGGCAUUGACUCCUGUAUUACAAAGAGAAUCUUUUCUGACUCAGUAGUGAAAGAAUUCACACCCAAUCAGGAAUCAGAAAUCCAGCAGCUAAAAGAGAAAUUUGAUGUUGAUGUGACAGUUGAGAAACGUGUUGGAAGGAUUAUUUUGCAAGGUCUCACUGAGGACAUGAUGGGAGCUUCUGAAAAAGUUCACAAAUUACUUCGCCAGGCAGAUGCAGUGAGACAAGAGAAACAGGCGGCUGAAAUGAUGGCAAGCAUGGUUGAAUGGUGCUUCAUUGAAAUUACAAGUAAAGGCCAAAAACUAGAGCCAUACCCUCCAGACAUUAAUAUGCAGUUAGAAAAAGCCCUUAGAAAACAGGAAUCUAAGGCAUCCUUUAAAGAUGCACAAGGAAAUAGAUACAUUGUUGAUCUGGCAGCUUAUGAAGAAUAUCCAGAGAGUGAUCCAACAGAUGUUGUAAAAGUCAUCAGAAAGAACAAAAUUAGUGGGUCUAAUUUUGAGCAACCAGUGACAUGGACAACAAUGGGGGACAAGGAAAAUGUGGCAGUAGUAACCCUGCAGCCUAGUAGUAAAGAAUACAAGGAUGUGGUACAGGACUUCCAGUCUCAAGCUGGUGCUGUAAAUAUAAUAAAGGUGGAAAGGAUACAAAACAGGAUGUUGUUGCAGCAGUAUGAUGCGAAAUUGAAACUAAUGGAUAAACAAAAUCCAUCUGGAAAUAAUAAUGAGAAGGUUUUAUGGCAUGGUACAGCCAAUGAUUCAGUAGCCAGUAUCAACACUUAUGGUUUUAACAGGAGUUAUUGUGGAAAGAAUGCAACUGCAUAUGGAAAUGGUGUAUAUUUUGCUGUGAAUGCAAGUUAUUCUGCAAAUUCAACAUAUAGUCCACCUGACAUUAGUGGAAACAGACGAGUAUAUAGGUCUCGAGUAUUAACAGGAGAAUACUGCCAAGGGAGGAACGGAAUGAAGGUCCCACCAAAUAAGCCUGGUGGUGGCCAUAUUUUGUAUGACUCUGUUGUAGAUAAUCCAAACAAUCCAGGCAUUUUUGUUAUCUUUAAUGAUACGCAGGCUUAUCCAGAAUAUCUUAUAACAUUUCAGUAAUUCUACAUUUUGACUUUUUGUGCAUUAUUUAAUAUCAAUCAGUCAUUAUCAGAGAAAUGAGUUGAAAGUUGACUUUGAAACCCAAGUGCCAUUUUGCCUUGAGUUUGUGAGUGUGUUUGCCAUUAUUAUUUUUUUGAUAAAAUCACAUUUUAUAUUUGUUUGAGAUGUUAAUAU